GUGGCCGCGUGGCGAAAAAGAAGAACUCCGAAGCUAUGGCGUCGCCGGCGAGGGACGAGGAGGAGGAGGAGGAGUCGAAGCCGGCGGUGGCGCCCCUGUUCGUGACGCUCAAGGUGGUGGACCAGAAGCAGAACCUGGUCCGACACGCCAUCAGGACGACCGACAAGCUCCAGGCCGUCAUGGACAUGUACUACAGCAAGGUCCCCGGCGUCGAGUACGGCACCGGCACCUUCCAUUUCGACGCCGUCCGCGUGGUCGGCUGGCGCACGCCGGCGGAGCUCCAGAUGGAGGACGGCGACGUGAUCGAUUUCUUUGAGCAGCAGGUAGGCGGCGGUUUGGCUGCGUGAUGGGUGCCCUCCCGGUGGUGUGGGCCGUUGGCUCGUUGCCGAUUUCCGAUGGAUAUGUUUCCAAUCUUGUUAUGCGUCCGAGUCGAGCUUGUUAAGAAACCAUUCCUCUA